GUCCCAUUCCAAAAUCACCCUUGUUCUGUCCUCGUGGAACCCAACUCCAAGGGCUGAAAAUCACCAACCCCAGAGACCCAAGAGAGGUGCCCACCUUUGGGUCAUUCCUCCAAACCCAAAACAAGAAAAAAAAUAAAGGCAGACAUGGCAGAGAACAAGGCAGCUGAAAUCAAGGACUUCCAAAUUGUGAUUUCAAACAAAGAUGAUACCAAUAAUAAUAACAACAACACCAACACCAAGAAGCAAUUAGCCCCAAAGAGAAGCUCCAACAAGGACAGACACAAAAAGGUUGAUGGCAGAGGAAGAAGAAUUAGGAUGCCAGCACUGUGCGCCGCCAGGGUCUUUCAAUUGACUAGAGAAUUGGGUCAUAAAUCUGAUGGUGAGACCAUUCAGUGGCUCUUGCAACAAGCGGAGCCGUCGAUCAUCGCCGCCACCGGCUCCGGGACUAUUCCGGCUUCUGCUCUUGCUGCUUCAGGGGCCUCUGUUUCUGAACAGGGGAACUCUGUUUCCUCUGGUUUGCAUUCAAAGAUUGAUGAUUUAGCCCCAAGGGGUAAUUGGACACUUAUGAGUGGUCACUUGGGAAGAUCUCAUGGCGUUUGGCCUGCAAUAAGUGGAAUUGGGUCAGGGUUUGUGCAUAAUUCUGGUCAGUCAACGUCGGGUUUCGCCACCGAGAACUUGAACUACUUGCCCAAGUUUGGAAUCCAUGGCUUGGAAUUUCCAGGUAUGAACUUAGGCUCAAUGAGUUUUCCAGCAAUUAUGGGAGCUGGGGGAAACCAACAUGUUCCUGGUUUGGAGCUUGGUCUUUCUCAAGAUGGUCAUAUUCGGGUUUUGAAUUCGCAAACUUUAGUUCAAUUUCAGCAGCAGCAGCAGCAAGCAGGGCAGAGAUCUGGACCUGAAAACUCUGUUGAGAAAGAUGACUCUCAAAGUAGAUGAUCAUGGAUUCUGUUAUUGGAUAGAAUAGAAUUUUGUAACUUGAAAGGGUUGAAAAGUUCAUCCAUCAGGAUAAAACUAUGCAGUAGAAAAUGGUUUGGAGGUUUGGAUUUGAUAUAUUUUUUUCCCUUAUAUCUUUCUCUUAGGAGUGUAAUUGUAGUUAAUGGCAAUUUCUCCCACUUGCUAUCUUUAUCUAAA